UCUCUAGUGCCAAUUGUUAUCUGUCUACUGAGUCUAUUGUCAUUAUGUCUUAUUCAUAAGCUAAUUAAGUCACCCGUGAAUGCUCUUCAAAUUCAGCUGCUAAAUUGUAUGAUCAGAGACAACAACAAAAUAUGUCAGAGGAAGAUAGGAUCAGCGAUUUACCGGAUGAAAUAUUGUGCCACAUACUCUCUUUUCUCCCGACCAAAGUGGCAUGCACCACCACUGUUCUUUCUAAGAGGUGGAUCUCACUCUACUACUCACUCACCACUCUCCACUUUGAAGAUGAAGAAGAAGAAGGAGGAGAUGUGCCUCCAAAAAAAGAUGAUGAAAAAGACAUUGGUGCACACUUUCGAUUUUGUUGCUUCGUAGACAAAUUCAUGCUCUCCCAGCAGCACCACCCCAUCAAAACCUUUCGCCUCACGUGCCGCUCUGAACUCUGGGGUGAAGACCAUGCACCCCUCAAUGUUGAUGAAUGGGUUGAAGUCACGAAAAGGUGUCACGUCGAGGAUUUCCAGAUAUGCUUCCAAAAUCUCAUCAUCUCCCCGGAAAAUCGUUGCUACCAGGAUAACUUGUUGACCUUUGAUCGUCUUUAUGAUCAGCCUCGUGACCAGAACGUUGACACUACAAUUGAAGUCUUGAAAACGAGUUUGUCAAAACGGCGACGACUCGUGGAGAAUCUCAAGCUUCCGCCUAGUAUUUUCACGUGCAAGAGCCUUGUGGUUUUGAAAUUGAGCGGGUUAAUGGUGGGUGAGGUUGGCUCUGUUGAACUUCCCUCGCUCAAAACCCUUCAUUUGGUGGAGGUUUUUUUCCAAGAAAGAAAGGAUUUCAUGAUGCUACUUUCUGGGUGUCCUGUUCUUGAGGAUUUACAUGCUUCCUCAGUUAACCAUUUACAAGAUACCUUAAUUGAUGGGUUUAAAGACUUUCCCAAUUUAGUGACAGCAGAUAUUCGUGUACUUCAUGUUCCUUUCACCAUCUUAUACAAUGUCCAGUUUCUGCGCAUAGAUCGGGUAAUGGUUCUUAAUUAAUAUUCUCUCAUUCAAUUUUAUUUUCUUUGAUCAUAUCUUAUUUUGCAUUUCUGCAGAUAGAGUACUUAUCUUGCUGUCGCAUGCCUUGGUUCAAACAAAACCCCAAGCUGGACACCUACACUGUCAUUCCCAUGUUUCAGAACUUAGUAAACCUUGUGCUAUGUACUUUUCCCUUUGACGUGGUAUUAAGGUUUCUCAAGUAUUGUCCCAACCUUGAACUUCUUGUCACUAGAAGGUGUUUUGGCAGUCACAUUAAUCCAGGAUGUGCUCUUCAAUGCAUUUCAUUACCCCUCAGAGUAUGUUUUAUUGUAAACUAUGGGAGGAUGGAUAAUUCAUACGAUCUUCAAUUUGCUUCAUAUAUUAUGCAGAAUGCGAGUCUUUUACAAGCAAUGACAAUAUACAAUCCCAGGUAUGAUGAUCCAAAACAAAAGUUCCAAGAUUUAGAAAAAUUCCACUCGUUGUACCCGAGUAUCCCUUCAGCAUGUAAAUUUUUAUUUGCUAGUUGCUCGUAUUGAAUUGAAUCCACUUAGUAAAUUAUGUAUUUUUUUUUUAAAGAAAACUUGGAUGGGUUCGGCAUUGGUUACCACCAUAGAUGGUCGCCGCCGUCUUGAGCGAGGAGCAGAUUUCAUAGCGUGAAUCCAAGGUGCCGAUAAAAGAAUGAAUCAAUUGGAGCAUGCUGUCGCAACCGGGGUCGCGGCGAAAAAAUAACAUAGAGCCGCCACCAAUUUAUUUAGGGAAAUUGGAACCCUCAAAAUAAACUCAAACUAGUCUGCGAUUAGAGUUCUGGAUUCGGGAGUCACUUACAUGUGGGGAAAGUUUUAGCACCCCACGAUGUCCGUUUAGAAAAACGGUACCUGUAGUUAAUUGUGCAAAAUCUAAUGACUUUAAACCUACUUAUCUAAAAAAGGAUUUUAUAUUAUUUUAUAUGAGUCUAAUUAAAUAAAAAGGAUUAUUUAUUGAUUGGGCCCGACAAGCUUUGAAGCUUGCGCCUACGUAUCCCCCCAUGUGCAAUAGGGUCUUCAAGGCCACGUAGUUCUUGUGCAUAUUUUUGGGUUGGUUUGUAUUUUUUUUAUUUUGAAAAAGAUUUAACAUAUUAACAUGUUUUACUUGUGUAGAAAAGAGAUUAUUUAAGUUGGUGAGUGUUUUUAUUCUAUAGAAAAAAGCCAACCAUUAACAAGAUUCAUGACGUUAUUUUAAAAGGAAAUCUAGGAGAUUGGAUUUAACUAUAUUUUUUUGAAUAUAGUUAAAAAAAAAAACUAA